AUGAUUUUUAUCAGUUGGAUAAUAGGUUUACUUGUUGCAAGCCUUUCAUUUCGUACACCAUUUGCUUAUCGAUGUAAACCAGAAUCUCAUUUAUGUAUUAUUACAAGUAAAGGUUUUUCAAUAUCAUUUUAUCUAAGAAUUUUUAUAUUCUUAAUUCCUGUGAUUAUAAUUAUUUGUCUCUAUGGUACUGUUCUAUGGUAUACAACACGUUUUAAUCGUAUUCAUCCAGAAAAUAUUUCUAUAAUUAGAACUAAACGACAUAUAAAAGUAUUUCGAAAUAUUCUUAUUAUUUUAACUGUAUUAAUUAUUGGUUCAGUACCUUAUUUUAUCUCAAUUAUAGUAAAUAGUAUAACUUAA